AUGGGAGGGGUCAGUCUGUAUCAAACCUCGUUCAAGAUCGACAAAAAGCGAAGACCUAGCCCCGCAUCCUCCAGGCUAGGCAACCAGAAAGGCAUCCAGGCCGAAAAGACCAGCAAGGUUGGUAUUCACAAGUGGGCUACUGAACCCCACAAAUCGUUGGUCUUCUCUUUAGGCAAGGACAAUGACUUGAUGGCAAAGAGGACUAAUGUGCCGGGAACAUCCAUCAUCAAGAUCGACCACAAGAGGGUCAACUACGUGAACCCCAAGACCGAGUCCAUCAAGUACCCAGAAAUGUCGGGAAUACGGCUCUUUGAGGGGCCCAACUCGAUCCCAGUGGCGUUGGCACCGAGCUACCUCCAGCACAAGCCAACCAACGAGCAGGUGUUAGAGCUUGAGGCUGCCAAACCAGCACCCAUGUUCAAGAGCCAUGUGUUGAACAAAAAGGACGGUGCCCAGCCCCAGUUGAUGAACGUCAGGCCUUACACCAACCUUGAGCCAGGCACCUCCUCGAAAUUCAGUCUACAGAAACACCUCGAGGGCGAGGCUCCUCUUCCAGGCACCUCCAUCAUCUUCCCCAACGAGUACAUACCGUUGGAGCAAGCAUCGUACGCUGCCACGGAAUCCAACACAGUGCGCUUGAACAACCAGAGCUCCAAAGACUGGCAAGUAUUCACCAUGGAUCCCAGUUAG